GAGAAGGGGGAGAUGCAUGGCUGGUUUUUAAUUAUAGCCGGGAGAUGAGAAAGGGGUGAGAUUCAUGAAUGCAACAAUUGCAAACACCAUCCCAGUCUUUCCCUAUAAAUGCGCACGCAACUCCAAUUAUAAAACUAAAUCUCUCCAGCGCAUCACCCUCCACACCCAGGUUUUUCAUUCAUCUGCCUUCUUUCAAUCUUUGUUACCUAUUCUCAUGUGAUUGCCUUGUUGUUUUCUUCUGCAUGAUUCUCCGUUCCGUCUUUCCCCACGAACAUCCUGUCAAUCGCCUCGCUGGCUCCUCUUCGGAGCCCUCUUGCCAUUGCCAUUUCCAUUUCUUUCUUUCAGGUUCGGCUAAAUUUUUCCUUCUGUUAUCUUUUCUUUUUCUCGUUUUUCCCGGCCUUCUGCCUCUCACCAUAUCGGACUUUCUAUCUUUCUAUUUGUUCUUAAAUGGAGGCAAAACGCAAGUCACAUCAUUCAUAGUUGCAAAAAUCUUAUAUUUUAUUUUUAAUUUCACUGCACUGCGUCUCCGGAGAUUAAAUCACGGUCACCAUUCUCGUGCGCUUGCUAGUUUAAUUAUUCCCCAUUUAUGCAUCUUUCAUCAUAACAUCUGGAAUGAAAGAGAGGUCUCGCUUUAUAUUUUUUAAAUUAUCUUGAUCCAGAGCAUUUGCAAAUCUUUUAAAACAUUCUCCCCCCGAACCAACUAAAAACGAAAGGCUUCAUGGCUACUAAUAAAGAAUAAAAAAGAAUAAAUUAUCCAUACUCUUUAUUAUAAAUUACAUAAUCAACUUUAAUUUUGCAUAAAAUAAUCUGCAAUGAUCCAUCAAUAUAGCUAUUAUUUUAGGCGGACAGCUAUAUAUAUAUAUAUACACAUAUAGAUUUGCUAGAUUGUGACGCCAAUAUUACACAUGGAGGGAUGGAUUACGGAUGAAGAUUUGCUGGCUAGCAUUAGUAAAGAAGGGAGCUUCAUAAUGAUUGGGGUGAUCUCGGAUUCUCAGUGAUGAAUGAAGCAAUGAAUGGUCAUCUUCGUCUCAACCUUUUUUCCUUUCGGGGUUUGUUUGUUUUGGUAAUUAAAGAGCGGUCUUUCUCAACUCUGAAUCCAAUCGCGCGGGAAAAGAAACAAAAGGAAAGAAGAAGAAAUGAAACUGGGCCGGCUCCAAUAAUGCAAAAGCAAAAUCCAACUUUGCGUCUUAUUCCAAAUGUAGCAGCUGAUAGUUUGGUUAUUCCGUGCCGAUCGAACUCGCUCUAGAAAAUUUAAAAAAAAAUUAAAGAUAUAAAGAAAUCAACUAGAGCAAAUCAGGAAUCCAGGAGGCAGUGCAUGUGAUUGUGGAUAAUAAGGCGUUUCCUAGAACGGAAGGGAGUGCGGGGCGACAACGUUUUUGUAAUUAUCUGGAGAAAAAGUUGCAUCGAGGGAUGGAGGCCGGACAUUGGACAAUGAGAGUCCCUGCAUCCGACUUCGGCCCUGUUUAGCACACUUUUCACCCUCUUCCUUUUUAGCACAUUUUUCACCCUCUUCCUUCCUCCCGUACUCGUGUUCGGCAGUCAGUGACGGACAAUAGUAUAGUGUGUAUGUACAUGAUCAGAGUUUUAAUAUUAUUUAUAAAAAAAAAUCAUAUAUGCGCGGCUGCGUGGAUUUCGACCAUGACGUUGCUGGUGUAAUUACCGUGUAGUCACAGAGACACCCUCCGGGCUUGAAUUCCACACCUGCACGGCUCUGCCACCUGGGCCCACCCCCCUCUCCCGGCAUUAGUACCACAGUCAUAGUAUUGUUAAAACUUAAAAGCACGGACGGGGGAGGAGACGAUUAGCUGCGAAACAAACAAGAUGGGCUUUCUGGAGCUGCUGGGGGUGGCCUCCGCCCCGAUUCUGCAGGUCCUGCUUGUCAGCGCCGUCGGAGCUUUCCUCGCAACCUCACUCUGCAAUAAUCUUCUAUCACCCGACUUCCGCAAAUCCCUCAACAAGCUGGUUUUCACCGUCUUCACUCCUUCCCUCGUCUUUGCCAGUUUCGCCAGGACCGUUUCUCUCCAGGACAUGAUUUCCUGGUGGUUUAUGCCGGUCAACGUUGCGCUCACCUUCUUGAUUGGAGGCAUUAUAGGAUGGAUGAUCGUAAAAUGCCUCAAGCCCGACUUGAAGCUGGAAGGUCUUAUCAUUGCUUCUUGCUCCUCGGGAAAUCUGGGAAACCUUCCUAUCGUGAUUAUUCCUGCAAUCUGUUUUCAACAAGGAGGUCCUUUUGGUGACCGGGACGCUUGUCAUUCUGCUGCACUCUCGUAUUCAUCUUUCUCCAUGGCGCUUGGAGGGGUUUUCAUCUGGACCUACACUUACCAGAUAAUGAGGAGCAGAUCCAUGAAAUUCAAGGCUCUUGAGGCUGCUGAGGUCUUGAAGGUUCCCAACAAGGAUCUUGAGGCUCAUCCGCAGACUCGCCUCCUUGAGGAUGCGCCUGAGCAAAAUGUUGCCAUACAAAUUUCCACGCCAAAUUGUAAUGGCGACUCUGAAAACCAAAAUAUGGUAGACCAAGAUUCGUCCAACGUAAAUGAACCAUUUUUCCGUAGAUUUAUAGGGACUGUUGGCCAGAUUUUAGAAGAACUGAAGGCACCUCCGACAAUAGCUAUAAUUCUCGGUUUCCUCUUUGGCGGGGUUUCUUGGCUGAGGAACCUAAUCGUCGGCGAAGAUGCUCCAUUGGCAGUGAUCCAGAAUUCUAUCCAACUCAUGGGUUGUUUGCAGGGAGGGAACAAUUCCUUGCAUCACCAUCUUGCUCGGCGGCAAUCUCACUCAAGGGCUGCGUUCAUCAAGCGUGAGAUUAUGGAGCGUCGUGAGCAUAGUAGUAUCCAAAUAUAUCGUGAUACCUAUUAUUGGACUGUUUAUCGUUAAAGUUGCGGCGAACUUGAAGCUGCUUCCACCAUAUCCUCUGUUUCAGUACGUGCUGGUGAUGCAGUAUGCCAUGCCACCUGCUAUGAAUAUCAGUAAGCGAUUCCCGGCACGCUCUUUGUCAAAAUGAGACUCUGGUGAUGAGGAAUAAACAGAAUAACAAAAUGGAUGUGAAAAUGACUCAGGCACGAUGGCCCAGCUGUUUGACGUUGGACAGGAAGAGUGUUCGGUGAUAUUGUUCUGGACGUAUGGCGCAGCAGCCAUAGCACUCACCGUCUGGUCAACAGUGCUCAUGUGGAUGUUAUCUUGAGUAGGGGAUCAGCUCUGGAGCGCACACCGUGUCUUUCAUAUGCUCCGACACUUGUUUGCAUGUUGGCAGAUUCUUGUGAAUUCCUUGCAUUCUUUUCGAGUACAGAAUAUAACCAAUCAUUAUCUCUUCUGCUUCUGCAGUAGCAUUCGAUAUCCAGGCACCCUUCCAUUUUGAGGCCUUUGAAUAUGAGCCAGAUUAAUGUGUAGUAGGAUACUUUAUGUUAGCAUCUUUUGAACCAUAAUAGCAUCAUGUUCUUUCCUAUUGCAGGUCAAAGUAACUUGAUAGUAUUUUUGAUAAGUAGAAGCAGCUUGUCCGUCUAGCUAGGAAGAGUCAAUUGGUACUUCGUGAUGCUGAGUUAAAACAAAACAACAUGGACAGAAAGUGAGGCGGUAAAAAUUUUAACUCGGCAUGAUGAUCAAAUUCAAAAGCCGCUUUCAGCUUCAAAAUGUCUAGAUAGUAACUGAUCGAUGCUGUGUACGGUAAAAUCCUGCACCAGCUAGCUGGUUGUUAAUUAUUAAUCAAUAAUUAUUUCAUGAACUUAUCACUUGUA